AUGUCGCUGAAGGAGACGGUGCCCUUCGAGAAGCGCGCGGCCGAGGCCUCCAGGAUUCUCAGCAAGUAUCCGGACCGCGUCCCGGUGAUCUGCGAAAAGGCGCCGCGCACCAACCUGCCCGAGAUCGAGAAGAAGAAGUUCUUGGUGCCCGGCUCCAUGCUGUGCGGAGAGUUCAAGUACAUCGUGCACAAGCACAUCCAGCAGGCGGCCAAUGGAACCGGCCUGGCUGCGGACCAGGUCAUCUACCUCUUCACCACCAACGGGCGCAGUAACACCGCUGUGAAGACGGGUGCACUGAUGUCCGAGAUCUACGACGGCUACAAGUCCGACGACGGUUUCUUGUACAUCGCCUACAGCGCUGAGAACACGCUGGGAUGA